UUAACCUAAUCCAAUCCCAAAUUUCACACCAGCAGCAGCAGCCAUCAACUUCACCCACCCCUCAAUGGCUCAAUCUCACCAUCACCACUGGUCCAUUGCAAUCCCACCGCAUCUAUCAUAGGUCUCUCUCUCUUUCUCUCGUUUGCUUUAGGUUCCGCAGCACCAAAAAGAUGAUUUGUUUUUAAGAUGGUGGUUGUGAACCCCACACUUCGUGUUUCAUUAUCAUUUCAAGCUUCUUAUCUGAAGAGCCUGCGAUUAGAGGGAGGACAGAAGAGGCUGCGAUUGUAGGUCGAUCUGCUGCCAUAUCUGUUGUGCGUCGAAACCAUUGAUGAGGAGCUGAUCGAGCGGUGAUUUUGGACAGAGAGGUUUGAGGGCGGAGAAAAGGUAGCGCGACGCCGCACGAGCAGUUUCCAGGAGGGUGGGGUUGGGUGCGAGGAUGAAGGUUUGCUAUGAGACGCGGUAGGGCUUUUUUCCUCCGAUUGCAUCGUCUCAUUCAUCUAUCUCUGCUCCGUUGCUUACUCUGCUGCUUCUCAAUGGUGAUGUGCUUAUAAACUGGACCCUUGUUACUGCCAAAGGAACCACACUGAAAAGUGGAAGAGAUAGAUUAAAGGAAAGAUGAAAAGGUGCAGAUUUUGAAAUCUCUUGGUGUUGAAGUCUUCAUUUCAGUGGAUUCUGCUGCCUGUUAAGGCCCUCUAUAAACCCAGUUUUAGAUUGGCCUGAUGUUGUAGAGGUUUCAUCGGGUCUAGGGUCGGGCCUCCCUUUUACUCUCGCUUUUCUCAACACCGGCACCACUCACCGGUCCCUCCAACAUUCUACCAUCGGCUACAGCACAUAGUGGCGGCCGGUGCGAGUGUGUAGCAGGGCGGCAGCCAUUUGUUUACUUCCCAUCUGAACAAGUGUGCAAGAUAGGUGCUAGUAGAGUACAACAAUUCCCCAUUCCCAAUCAGCGAAAGCGAUCAAAACCUAGGCGCCAAAUUCGAUAUGUUGAAAUGUCUUUAUUGUCUGAAAUUGCAAGUCCCUGUAGCCUCUGCAAAACUUAAUUGUUCAUGAUCCUGGAAAUGUGGAGUUGAAGGGUGAUGAACACUUUGAACAUGGAAGUACAGUUCAAGGUUCACAAUCCACAGUGAUUGGUUCCCUUGAAAAUCAGAUGCUACUCUCAUUUGUUAUUUAAUUCAUUGAAGAUAAAUCAUCAAUGAAUGAUGUUCUUUGAGAUGAUAGGGAUGUGCCUAUAAUCGUCAUAUUUCAUGAGAACCUCAGGAAUUUUCGGUAGCAGGCACAGCCGUGUCCCAUUAGUAUCAUCAUCAUCUGUAUCUUCUUCACUGCCAUGGAUAUCUCCCCUUAAAUUAGCAAAACCUCUAGAAUCUAAACUAGACCCUCCUCCUGAAACCAGUGGCACUCCCCCCGAAUCUCGGAAGAAACACAAAUAUAUAUCUCAUGAAUCCGCCAUCAACUUGAUCAAACGAGAAAAAGACCCACAACAUGCCUUGAAAAUAUUUAAUAUGGUAUCAGAACAAAAGGGCUUUAAUCACAACAGUGCUACAUAUGGAAUAAUACUCGAAAAGCUUGCUCAGUCAAAGAAGUUCCAGGCUGUUGACCGGGUUCUGCAUCAAAUGACCUAUGAAACUUGCAAGUUUCAUGAGGGUAUAUUCAUUAACCUCAUGAAGCAUCUUUCAAAAUCCUCCUUACAUGAAAAAGUGCUUCAGAUAUUUUUCUCCAUUCAGCCAAUCGUUCGGGAAAAGCCCUCGCCCAAAGCCAUUAGCACUUGCCUCAAUCUCCUGGUUGAUUCGAAUCAGGUUGAUUUGGCACGACAAUUGCUCUUGCAUGCCAAGAGGAGUCUUACACAUAGGCCGAAUGUCUGCAUAUUUAACAUCUUAGUGAAGUACCACUGCAAAAAUGGGGAUCUUGACUCUGCAUUUGAAGUUGUAGAAGAAAUGAAGAACUCCAAGUCAUCCUAUCCCAAUUUAAUUACAUACUCAACCCUAAUGGAUGGCCUAUGCCAAAAUGGAAGGCUCAAAGAAGCUUUUGAGCUUUUUGAGGAAAUGGUCUCAAAGGAUCAGAUCGUACCUGAUCCCUUGACUUAUAAUGUUUUGAUCAACGGAUUUUGCCGUGGAGGUAAACCUGAUCGUGCUAGAAAUAUAAUCGAAUUCAUGAGAAGCAACGGAUGCCAUCCUAACGUUUAUAAUUACUCAGCCCUGGUGAAUGGAUUAUGUAAAGCAGGGAAACUGCAAGAGGCAAAAGGGGUUUUGGAUGAGAUGAAGAGCGCAGGCUUGAAACCGGAUGCAGUUAGCUACACUGCCUUGAUUAAUUUCUGUUGUAGGAACAAGCGAAUCGACGAGGCUCUAGAGUUGCUUGAAGAAAUGAAGGAAAAUUCAUGCCGGGCUGAUACUGUUACAUUCAACGUAAUACUUGGAGGCCUGUGCAGAGAAGAAAGAUACAAGGAGGCUUUGGAUAUGCUCGAGAGACUUCCGCUCGAGGGCAUCUAUAUGAACAAAGGUAGUUACAGGAUUGUGCUGAAUUGUUUAACCCAAAGAGGUGAGUUGAAGAAGGCAAAGGAAUUAUUAGGUCUAAUGGUUGGUAGGGGGUUUGUACCCCAUUAUGCUACCUCAAAUGAAUUAUUGGUUCAACUUUGUAAGGCUGGGAUGGUUAAUGAUGCUGCUAUGGCACUCUUUGCCUUAGUGGAGAUGGGAUUCCAGCCAGGAUCUGAUUCCUGGGGGCAUUUGAUUGACCAAAUUUGCAAAGACAGAAAACUGUUGUAUGUUUUUGAGCUGCUUGAUGAGCUUGUGAUAUCAAAUUCAUGAUGCUUAUAAUUUAGCUACCUUAUAAUUAAGGUAUUGCAUUU